AUGUCGGACGACGUGAUUUACUGCGCCGAGCAGAUCAAGAUUCCGCCGACGUUCCCGAACAUUUUGAAGGUGUACGCGAAAGCCGCGGUUCGCACGCAGCCGUACGAUCUUCUGCGAUGGACCUGCGCUUACUUCCGCGCCCUCGCCAAUCGGCAGUUGCCACCGGUUAAAGACAGGCUGGAGUAUCCUCCCUUCGAGCAUCCGACUGGUAUCACGCCUGGAUACCUGAGGACCCUUUUGAACGCGUUCGGUCCCGUCGAGAAGAUCAGCACCAGAACAUUGUUGGAAAGAUGGCAAGGCAUGGCGCUGCCCGAAGCCAGCCUCUACCGGAUCCUGCUCGUCGGUCGAUUCGAGUGCAAAGCAGAAUGUCACUUUUACAAAUUCCUCGCGAUCGCUUGCGGAUUCUUAGGCAAGGACCUGCUCGAAACGAUGAUAUACGUGUGCGAAUUGCUGACGGAAGAGCCGGAAGGCGGAUCGGCGAUGAUACCUGCGACCACGUUCCUCCGUCUGUACGGGUAUUUGGCGGAGCUAGACUGCAGCGGCGAGCGGCUAUGCGCCGUCUGCACCCGAGAAGACGCAGAGGAGAUUUUUCAGCCGUGCUACCCGACUUCCGGAGCCGACGAGACCUCCACCGGCACGUCCCACUCGAGUUCAUACCGUGUCCCGUGCGCCGACGUCGACGAGGAGGAACGGGAGGAAGAGGGUGAAGGUGUCACUCUCAAUCGAACUUGGGCGCAGCAGGAGGACACGGGGCCGCGGGUUUCCCGCGUGACCGCGAGCAGCAGGAGCCGAUCCUCGGGAAUCUUAACGGUCUUGAAGGAUUACGACUUCGACGCGAGGCAAUCCGAGCUCGACGACGCCGGGCUGCCCCUGGAGGGCGUCGAGAUCCAUCCACUGAAGCCCCCGAAACACGGAGCGAGCAUCGAGCCUACGGACCAGCCGGCCAGAUCGAAAUCCGAGCCGACGCUCGAGCGGCGAAGGGAUUUGCUCGUGGACUCGCGCGCGUAUCUCGCGGACAUCAGCGCAGCGGACACCCCGGAUAGUUUCUACUCGGAUCUGAGCGGGGAACGGGGCGAGAGGAGUCCGGCGGUGUUCGAGGAGGAGGACGAUUAUGUACCGAUCGGGCUGGAGGACAUACUUCGCGGUAUUUGCGAGUGUCUCGAGCCGGUUCGCGAAGCGUCCCGCGAGGCGACGCCGCCGCCGGUUGAUCCUUUCGAGGAGUUUCUCAAGAGAAUGAGAAAUGAAGCGGACGAAGGCCGAUUGCAGACGGUAGUUCGAGUGCCUGGAAUCGGUCCACCGGUCUCGGCGAAACGUGUCACUGCCGUGGGACUGUGGCUGGCGGACUGCGCCCGCAGGCAGGAAGGAAUGGUCGGUCCCCGGAACAUCAGACACUUCCUGUGUCCCGAGUUGCAAGAGAAUUCCGAGGACGAUGUCGACGACGAUUGA